AAGCCCCCGUACUCAACCCUUUCUUUGUCUCGAAAAGAGAGAGAGAGAGAGAGAGAGAGAGCUCCAUGGCGACAUCGAAGCUUCAAGCGCUCUGGAACCACCCAGCCGGACCCAAAACGAUUCACUUUUGGGCACCGACUUUCAAAUGGGGCAUCAGCAUAGCCAACAUUGCUGACUUCUCCAAACCACCUGAAAAGCUUUCGUAUCCUCAGCAAAUAGCGGUUACAUGCACUGGACUUAUCUGGACACGAUAUAGCACAGUAAUCACUCCGAAGAACUGGAACCUUUUUAGUGUAAAUGUUGCAAUGGCAGGGACAGGAAUCUACCAACUUUCACGCAAAAUACGGCAAGAUUAUUUCUCAGAGGAAGAAGCAGCUGUAGCAAAAGAAUGAUGACGAAAAGUUCUCAACUUCUUUUUAUGUCGCUUGGUUGGAGGCUCAAUAUUGCCUCCUUGUCUUGCAGUUCAUUAAAGUUCUUCAAUAAUCAUGCUUGUCUUUUUUUGCAUUGGAUGGUUCAUUUAUGUCAUGAAGUGUGUAUUUGUAGCUUUAAUGAUUGGCACUGUACUAGUAAACCAACUGGAAAUAAUUGAACACUUGAACAGCCAAGGUUCCCAAAUUCAAUGAUAAAAUUUUGUUAAUAUUUCCAUAAAUCA